CACCCAAGACAUUUGCACUGAUGCACCUUCCAUCUCAGCUGACACCUUCACCGUGUCCACUAGUGCUCCUGUCAUCACUAUUGAUGAGACUCUCACCUUGUCCAGUGGAACUUCUGCCAUCUCAAGUGGCAACACCCAUGGCUUGUCGAUUGGUCCCACUGUCAAUGCCAGUGGUGACACACAUUUGUUCUCUGCUAAUAACACCUCUGGUGUGUCCCAUGAUCCCACACAACCCAGGGACCCACACAACCCAUUUGGGAAUAGUUCAUCCAGCACAUCCUACAGUACAUACCUUGACCUGUUUGAAGAAGAAUACCUCUCUGAUGACCCUGAUCUCCAGGAAGCCAUUUCAAGGUCUUUAGAUGCCAGCGCAAGCGAGAGUGAUUUAAAGAUGACUUCGGAGAGAAUAAUGGAACGGAUUGGCUCUAGAGUAAAUACUGACAGCACUGUACGCUUCAAUAUCAUAAGAAGAAAUGUGUGGGAUGGAGCAUGCAGAGCCAUGGCCAGAUCCAAUUUUUCACCUGAGAAGAAGGUAGAUGUCAAGUUUACUGAUGACUAUGGAAUAUCUGAGGGGGCUGUGGACAAUGGAGGACCCACUCGGGAGUUUUUUCGACUCUGUCUACAUGAAAUCAAGGACAAAAUUGGCAUCUUUGAGGGUCCACCUAAUGCUAAAGUUCUCACAUGCAACUCCAAAGCGAUGAAAGACAAUGGAUACUUCUAUACUGGCCAGAUCAUGGCAAUGUCAAUUGCCCAUGGGGGACAGAGUCCAUGUUUCCUGUCUGAACUCUUGUAUGAGUGUCUCCAAAAGGGUCCAGACAAUGUGAAGGUCACAACUGAACAUAUUACUGAUGAAGAAACAAGAUCACAGGUGCAAUCGAUCUUACAGGCUGAGACUGAAUCACAACUGCAAGAUGCAGUUGCACAGGCAGCCAGCUUGAUCAGUCUGGCGGGUCACAAUGUUCACAUAACACUGGGAAACAAACAAGAGACUGCUUUGGACUUGGCUCACUGGUAUGUCCUCCAGCGGACCCGAGCAGCUUUUGAAAGGUUCAGAGAUGGCUUAACGUCUCUAGGUGUCCUAGAUGCUCUUCAGAGAUACCCUCUACAGUUGAAGUGCCUUUUCGUGAAGGCUGAAAAGGGUUUGACAGCGGCUGAUAUGGAGAAUCUCUUCCAGAUCAUUCACUCCGAAAGAGGGAGUAAUGCAUUCCAAGAAGAGUGCCGGAACCUGGCUUUCUGGCAGGACUAUCUUCAGGAUGCUGAAUUCGAAAACGAUGUCUCUCUGGAGGAUAUUCUUAUUUUCUUCACUGGAUGUGACAGCAUUCCAGCUCUGGGUUUCUCUCCAAGGCCAAGCCUGGAGUUCAUCACCAACUCCCGAUUUCCAUUGGCCAAUACUUGCGAGAUAAUUCUUCGCAUACCAGUUCAUACCACAUACACUGCAUUCAAAUCUAAUAUGGAUUUCGGAAUACGCAAUGCCCCAGGAUUUGGAAGAGCGUAAGACGCAAUGUAGAGCUAGGGUUAUGUUGAGUUGUUUUUUGU